AUGCUGAUGAACACCCCUGUUUCUAAAGCUUCUAUCAGUGUCUCCAGUGCCCUCCAUCUUAGUUCCAAGGAUCUCAUCAACUCAAUACUCAAGAAGAUAUGUGUUGCGUUUAAUCGCUUUAGGCCGGGCAUCUUAGAAUGUUCAAAGACGAUCAAAUUUCGGUAUCCUGAAGAGUUCUUUUCGGCUGCAAUGAAAGAGUUUGUCUCUAGAUGUGCUCGAUCGCUGUCUCUAUUACAACACUUUUUGGAGAUAGAAACUAUUAGUCAAGAAUUACACGUUACCCCAGAGCAGCUAGAGACUCUGAUCUUGUCUGGGGAGUCAUUGGUAGAAAAGCUGCGCAAUGAGCUAGAAAUCCUUAAGGCUGCAAGCUCUCUGGAUCAGGCUACCCUUCUUAUGAAGCACGUUCACCGUAGCGCUAAACAAAGGCAUGCGGUUGCCCACAAGAAUGCUCUCUUAAAACUUCUACUGGGAAUAGUCGAGACCAUUAUGAAAGAACAGUAUCCACGAGAUGGGAUGUCUUCUGCAAAUAUCCUUCUAAGUAAUGUCAUUCAACACAUUAACAAUUUAGAUACCGUCGUCAGUGAUGCGCGUAAACUCCUAGCUGAUGUACCAUGA